GUUCCCACUCAUGUCCUAUUCACAUGAAUACAUAAUCAUGUCAUCUCUGUUUCACAUGCUGCAAGCACAAAUAAUAGCUAAUCUUUAGUCUAUCUACACUUCCUGACCUCUAUAUAAAGCACAAGAAAGAGGCAGGGAUGGCACCCAAAACCUAUGCAUCUACGCUUCUAAGACUAAAGGAAAUCCCUUCAUUUCUAUUUCUUCAUAAAUUUCAAGAAAUGGAAGACACUUCAAACCUCAAUCGCCACCGUCAAACCUUAGCCAAAUCCCAAUCCCGUAAGAGUAAUAAGCACCGGGUUAGUAGUAGGGCCGAUAGCUCAGUCGUAGAAAGCUUCACGGAAGAGAACGGUUACAGUAUGGAGGAAGGUGACUCUCAGAUGUGGAACAACUUCUCCAAUAACUAUAGACAGGUGCAGUCGGUGUUGGAUCAAAACAGAUUGUUGAUUCAGCAGGUUAACGAGAACCAUCAAUCAAGAACGCACAACAGUAUGGUGCAGAACGUGGGCCUAAUUCAGGAACUCAACGACAACAUCUCAAAGGUUGCUUCUCUCUAUUCUGAUUUCAAUACAGAUUUCACAACCAUGGUCCAUCAGCGAAAGAAUGGCAUUUGAGACAUGAUCAAUAGCCACUACAGAGGCUUCUUAAGUUUCUAUAUCUUCAAUAGUAAUUUAAUUAACUUCCUUCUCUCCAGCAAGUUGGAUUAAAGACUCUAGCUUGAAAUAUCGGAAUAAUUAAUGCUUAGACCGCGCUGUAUGUUAUUUAGUAAGAAUUGAUAUACAAUCCCAUGUUGCUCUGUCAUCAAGAAAUUCUUGAUGAGAUCAAACGUUGCGAAAGAUAUUAUACUUCUCUAACUCAUUUUGGGUGACAUUCUU